GGCCUACUUCUCCUCCUUUUGGCCAACUCUUGUGUUUGUUUCUCUUUGUUCUCUUCUCAUUUUUUCCCACUCACAUUUCAUAUAUUUUGGUUAGCUUCUCACCCCACUUCUUCUUCUUUCAUGUGCUUUGUUCCACUUCAAACUGCAACCUUACAAAACAAUCUUACCCCUACUCUUCCACUCUCUUUUUAUUGGCUCAUAAAAACAGGAUAUAUGUCUUUUAGACACAACUCAUUCUGUUAUUCCAUGUUCAAUCAACCAAGUGUAAACUCAUCAUUCCAACUCUCUUGUCAUUUCUACACUUCCCUUUGGAAUUAAACAAAUAUCCCACUUCAAGAUUUCUUUUAUUUCACUUUUGAAUAUUUCUUUAAGUACUUUAAUAUCAUGCCGUCGUAAGGUAGGAAUAAGGUUUGCAUACACAUUGUCCUCCCCAUACCUCACUUGUGAUUUCACUGGGUUUGUUAUUGUUGUUGUUGUUGUUACUUUAACAUCUUCAUCUAUAUAUGUGAUUAUUCUUGGUUGUUUUUGUUAUCCUUUUGGUCAAUGAAGGAGCCUGAAAUGGCAAUUCCUCCCUUGUUUAGGUGUCCAAUAAGCUUAGAUUUGUUUAAAGAUCCAGUCACUUUAUGCACAGGCCAAACAUAUGAUAGAUCCAGCAUUGAAAAAUGGCUAUCUUCUGGCAAUUCAACUUGUCCUGUUACAAUGCAGAAACUCCAUGACUCUUCUAUUGUACCAAACCACACCCUUCGCCAUUUGAUUCAUCAAUGGCUUCAAUUAAACUGCAGAAAUGGUUAUGAUCUUCAUUACUUUCAAGCAAUUGAUGAUUCAAUUGUUGGUCUCAAACACAAUCUUCAGUCAAAGGAGUCUACAUUGGACACAAAAGUUCAAGCACUAGAGAAAGUUCUUGCUUUGUCAGAAGAUUUGCCUUUAGAAAACUCUUUCUUGAUUCAACUAGACUUCUUCCAAAUGAUUCUUGAAUUAGCAUUGGAAAAUUCAGUUGAUCAAAGUUCAAAUUUCCAAGAAAGUCUCAUAUUUAUGGAGAAAGCUCUUGUUUGUGCAUUGAAAUUGUUGCCAUUUAGUGAUUUGGGAACUCUCAACAUGCUCAAAGAAGAUGAAUCCAAGUUUACAAACUUCUUGAUGCUAUUCAAGAAUGGGACUUUUAUCAUCAAGAAAAGCUUGUGUCAUUUAAUAGUGGCAAUUUCAUCAUCUUUGCAGUCAAAGGAACUUGUAACUAUGUUGGGUAAAUCCAAGAUUUUUAUUCAAGAACUUGUUCAUGUUAUCGAGAACAAAUUAGAUGGUUGUGAGGAAUCAAUCAGAGCUCUUUCAGCAUUAUCUUCUCUCGAACAAAAUCGCGAAUUUAUAGUGAAGGAAAACGCAGUUGAGGCACUCAUAACAUACAUUGUGAAUGCUCCAAAAUGCCAAUAUAGAAGCUUACUAGCACCAAUAUUGGCAAUGAAAACAAUUGAAACAUUGUUAGUAGAAAAAAAUGCAAAAGAAGAUGUCUUAAAUCAUCCAAAUGGUGUUAGUGCAAUUGUGAAGAUGGUAUUUAGAGUAUCAUCAGAUAAUGAAGGAAGUGAAAGUGCAGUGAAUUCUUUAAUUAUUGUGUGUCAUGAUUUCAUGCAAGCUAGGGAAGAAGCUAUCUAUAGUGGGGUUUUGAGUCAGUUAUUGUUACUCCUUCAAAGCCAGUGUAGUGAGAGGACCAAAAAUAAGGCAAGAAUGUUGCUCAAGUUGUUGAGAUCCAUGUGCACUGGGGACCAAAAACAAGCAUUGUAGAUUGCAUAUACAUUGAUUACAUGAUUUCUCA